AUGGUCGCACGUUCUUCUUUCCUGACGGUCUUUGUGACCUUCAUCGCCGUCGCUACGGCUCAGCAAUGCUACGCUGUAGACGGCUCAGCACUCAACAGCACCUUCACACCAUGCAACCCUAGUGCGAAGCAUAGCGGCUGCUGUGCGAGUACAGAUUUGUGUCUGAGCAAUGGCUUGUGCAUGGCAACCACAGACGUUUACAUUGGCAUGAUCUUUUCCAGAGGCUGUACAGACUCGACCGGGAAGGAUGUCGCCUGUCCGCAGUUGUGCCCAGGUCAAGCCACCGAUUUCAACGGCACUACCCCAGUACCUGAAUGGCAACUACAAACAUGCGACGUUGGACAAUACUGUUGCCGCGCAGCAAACGACCCACGAAGCUGCUGCAACAAAUCCACCGCGCCAAAAGUCGCAGCCAUCCUCGACGCCACCCUCCAGCUACCAGACUCACCCGCGGCUAGCGAGACAGAAGACAUGGUCGCUCCCGCCGUCGCCAGCGCACCCUCUCAAGCCACUACUUCACCAUCCACCCAAGCAUGCAGGAUAACGGAGCACCGUCUGAAAGUCGCUACUAUCAUCGGUGGAGUUCUUCUCGGCACAAUCAUAGCAGUCUUGGCCGCCGCCACGCUCUGGAUCUACAAAGAAGAAAGACGACAACGCAAGCUCAAAGAACAUUACGAGACCCAGUUCUCGCAAACCAACGCGUAUCGCAAGGCACUUGCGUCGAGUGCGGUCUCCACACAUGCCAACGACUUUAUGGAAGACAUCAAAGUCAAAUGCAGUGGCCCUGAUUAA